UUCAUUGUUUUGGUAUCAUUUUCCAUCUUCAUCUCGCUUCUUCUUCUUUCUUCUUCCAAAGACUUGAAGAGUACAACGAUUCUUUCCUUGAAUCACUAGUUUUUUGCUUCAAUCGCACUCUAUCUUCUUCUGCGCAGCUUAAAAGGAGAGCGACCGAGAAAUUCAUUCUCCUAAUACUCUCUCUACUUGGACCACUCGCCAUAAUCAUAACUCAGUUCCUCUGGAUCUUACCUCAAGAAAUUUUUUGGUUUCUUCAAUUCCUUCAGAACUUUUGGAAAAGAGGGAGACAGUGAGAGAAUUGGUGUUGCUGAUGAUGAUGCACUUUCCCUAAAUUGAAAACCGACUAUUGUUUUUAGAAUCUCUUCAUAUCUCAAUUUCUUACACAAAAAUGGCGGCGAUUAACAAAUCGAAUAAGAAGAAGCAGUCCACGUUAUCUGUUUACCUUUACAUCCCCAAUAUCACUGGAUACAUAAGAAUUAUCAUGAAUAUUGUUGCAUUUGCUCGCUGUUUUGAAGAUAAGAAACUCUUCGCAAUACUAUACUUCAUCAGCUUUGUAUGUGACGGCUUAGAUGGCUGGUUAGCUCGCAAGUUCAAUCAAGUUUCAACAUUUGGAGCUGUUCUAGACAUGGUAACAGACAGGGUCAGCACUGCUUGUCUGUUGGUAGUCCUUUCUCAGUUUUACCGGCCUGGCAUGAUUUUCUUGUCUUUGCUUAGCCUGGAUAUUGCUAGCCAUUGGCUGCAAAUGUACAGUACUUUCCUAUCAGGCAAGGCAAGUCAUAAAGAUGUCAAAGACAGUACUAAUUGGCUCUUUAAGCUAUACUAUGGGAACCGUUUAUUCAUGGCGUAUUGCUGUGUGGCAUCUGAGGUACUUUAUAUAAUCCUUUUCCUACUUGCGGAAAGCCAAUCGGAAAGCGUGAUCGAGGUUUUAGUGACGGCCUUGAAACAUGGUUAUCUCUCUUUCCCAGUUGGCGUGGCUCUCUUUGGAUGGGCAAUCAAGCAAGCAAUCAAUGUUAUACAGAUGAAGACGGCUGCAGAUGUUUGCGUGUUGUAUGAUAUCAACAGGAAGCAGAAACAGAAACACUGAGUUGAUCAUCCUCUAACCAUAUCAGCUUCUGUUUUGUUUGGGUGUGCAUGAUGGUGUAUUGACGAAGGUUCUUUUGCAUAGGGUGAGGUUGAUUUGUUAAGAUGAAAUGCACGGUAUGCCUAGGCCAGAUUUCUUACUCAUCACAUACCCCCUGCUUGGCAUUGUGUCUUUAAAUGGAAGAAUGUUGUUAUGUUUGUGUGCAGAAUCACUGACAUUAUUAGGUCAGCCUAGAUUUAUUUUUCUUGUAAUGCAGACAUAAUUGUGGUAUGAAAUGAUCCGCAUUACCUCGCACUGUAGCCUGGCAAAUUUCUGUGUUUUUUUUUUGGUUACACGUGCUACUUGCGCCCUGUAUAAAAUGUGGAGAUUUUGAUUUGAAGAAAUGUGCACUUUUUUCAAUCA